AUAUAUUUUAUAUAACAAUUUAUAUCAGAUAAAUAAUACCUAAAAACACUUUUGACUAAUAAAAUGAUAAAAGCAUAUGAUUUCUUUAAUGAGCGUUACGUUCGCUGCAUUUGUGGAGAUGUCUUGGAUAGCAGAGCGAAUAUAUUAAAUUUGUCUAAACACUCUCUGAAAGAAGUACCAGAGAUGAUAAGAGAAUAUAGUUUCUUAGUAAAACUAUAUUUGCACGUAAAUGAAAUAAGUACUCUACCAUCAAUUUCCAAUCUAACAAAUUUGAAAAUCUUAACAUUGGAUUUUAAUCAACUUCAAGAGUUUCCAGUUGCUGUUUGUAGUUUAGAAAACUUACGUUUUCUCAAUAUUAGUCACAAUAAUAUAGAAGAGAUACCAAAAGAAAUCGGAGAACUGAAAUUCUUGGAAGUAUUGUGGUGUAAUCAUACAGGUCUCAUGAGCAUAGCAGAAGAAAUUGGUAGUUGUAUAACACUGGACACACUGGGAGCACGAGGAAAU